UUAAAAAAUGAAAAGAGUUCAUUUUACUUUAUAAAAAAACUCUAUAUAAAGGAUAUUACAGUGUGAUACAGUGAUAAAUAUAUAUAUAUAUAUAUAUUUAAAAAGAGAGAUGACAGAUAUAUUGAACGAAAUCCAAACUGCGGAAUUCAGAGAAGCAUUCAAUGAAUUCGAUAAGGAUGGAAGUGGAAGUAUAUCUACUAAAGAAUUGGUUGGAGUAAUGAGAAGUAUAGGACAGAAUCCUACAGAGGAUGAAAUUCUUGCUUUGGUUUUAGAGGCAGAUACGAACGGAGACGGAACUAUAGAUUUCGAGGAAUUCCUUGAAAUGAUGAAAAAACAGAGUUCAGAAACUGAUCAGCUAGAGGAUCUCCGACAUGCAUUCCAGAUCUUCGACAGAGACAAGGACGGAUUCAUUUCAUUGGUUGAACUCCGAAGGAUCACAACAACCCUAGGACAGGUACAGCUGGACAAUUUGGAAGUAGAGGAAAACAGGUUUUAUCCAGAUCUUUUGUAAGAACAGAGAAGCGUGUAUUUCAUCAAGUGUAACUCCGCUG